CUCAAUAAUCGCUGAGCAAGUUUCGUUUUUCACUAUUCGAUUUUAUAAACCUGUGAGACAAUAAUAGCAAUAUUUUUUGUUGAACUCGAUAAAAAAAAAAAAAACUUUGACGACAACGGGCCAACGCAUAUAACGAUUAUCUUUUUCGCGUCGUCCACUGCCAAUUAUAUAACAGCCAUUGACCUAUAAUUAAUUGUUCGUAGUUUAUUCAAACGUCUAGUCUCCUUCUAACCUCAUCUGUUACGUGUGACCUAUUGCAAACAAGUUUAAAUCUGUAGAAGGUCAAGAUCAAUAGUAUACCAAACCGCAGUUGAUAAUUAGACGUUACUCGAACAAACGAUAAAUGAUGAUGAUUCAAUUGUUUUGCAUUUUGGUUGUAACAUUUUAUUUAAGCACAGCUAUUGAAGAUAAUAAAACAUGCUAUGUAUGUAAAAAAGAACCAUUGACGGUUACCAUUAAUCCAUGUAACCAUAAAAUUGGUAGUAUUUGUGGUUAUAGAUGGAAUAUUCUAUGCGCUGGUUGGUAUUGUCCACAUUGUGAAACACCAAUAUCAUCAUUAGACGGCCUUGAUGAUUUCUAUGACACAUACGAAAACGUUUCUACCAAUGGAGUAUGUGUUUGUAAAAACGAAUAUGCUUCUGGGUACACUUUAAGUCCUUGUGGUCACAGUGUAGGAUAUAUAUGUGGAAGCUUAUUGAAGAAAAUCAAUCGACCUAUUUGUCCAAUUUGUUUCAAUAAUAUACUGUUAUUUGAUGAAAUAAAACCACUUGAAGUUGAUACGCGUUUGGGAUGUUCAAUUAUUUUGCAAAACGUGCUUCAAUGUUGUUGGCCAUUGAAAGAGAAAGAGUAAAUGUUCAAUAUUACACUGAAUCAGUGUUCUGUAUAAAAUUACAUAACAUAGUAUAAACUGUAUUUAAUAUUAAACUAAAACUACA